GCCCGAUGACGUGAAGGUGGCCAGCAUUCGUGACUGACCACGACCUCAGUCUGUGACUGAGAUGAGAUCUUUCUUAGGAAUGACAGGCUACUAUCGGACUUUUGUAAAGAACUAUAGCAUAGUGGUCGCUCCUUUGACUGAUCUGACCCGCCUUGACACCCCGUGGGAGUGGACAGAUGAGUGCGAGGCUGCUUUCAGACAUCUGAAGCAUGCACUAACGCAUUAUGAAGUCUUGAAACUUCCCAAUCCUGAUAAGCCGUUUAUAGUAACCACGGAUGCUAGCCAAUAUGGCAUUGGCGUCGUGCUUGUGCAACAGGAGGGGCCAAAGUUGAGGCCUGUUGAGUACAUGUCCAAGAAAAUGUCGUCUCAGAAGUUGGCUAUGUCCACCUAUGACAAAGAACUAUAUGCGGUGUUCAAGGCGCUGACCCAUUGGAGACACUAUCUCCUUGGGAGGUUCUUCAUCCUCAGGACUGAUCAUCAGACCUUGAGAUGGAAGAGAACUCAGCCUGUACUCUCUGACACAUUGAAGCGUUGGAUAGAAGUCAUUGAGCAGUAUGACUUUGACCCUCAAUACAUCAAGGGUGAGUACAACAAGGCUGUUGAUGCCUUGUCGCGUAGACCUGACUUCUCAGGUGCGCCGAUUACUGAGUACGAUCUUACGGAUGAUGUCACUCGAUCCUUGGUGGAAGCCUAUCGAGAGGACCAGUUUAUGUCUGAGAUCAUACGCAGACUCGAGGCGAAGGAUAAACAAACUUCAGCCGAGUUUGAGUUGGUCAAUGGCUUGCUGUUUCUCGAGAAGGAAGGGAAUAAACAUUUGUGUGUCCCUGAUAAAGAGUCUUUGCGUAGUUUGUUCUUAGGCGAGUGUCAUGACGCCACCGGCUAUUUUGGGUACAAGAAAACCGCAACCAAUUUGCUGCAAAGGUUCUGGUGGCCCACGAUGUUAAAAGAUGCUAAGCUGUACGUGGAAACUUGUCAAGUUUGCCAACGAGACAAGCCCCGUACUCAGGAUCCUCUUGGGCUGCUCAAGCCCCUUCCGAUUCCGGAAAGCCCGGGUGAAAGCUUGUCCAUGGACUUCAUGGAUACGCUGGUCACCAACAAGAGCGGGAUGAGGCAGUUCUUCGUCAUCGUGGAUAGGUUUAGUAAGUAUGCUAGGUUAAUAGCCAUGCCGGAAACAGCGAAGACCGAGUAUGUAAUCAGGCUGUUCAAAGAGAACUGGGUGAGGGAUUUUGGAUUGCCUAAGUCUAUUGUAAGUGACAGAGAUGCCAGAUUUACAAGUGAGUUAUGGAAGGCCGCUGCAGUUGAACAGGGAACUCAACUACAAAUGACUAGUGGAAACCAUCCAGAAGCAAACGGCCAGGCUGAACAGAUGAACCACGUUGUUCAACACCUGUUGAGGCAUUACAUUAAGCCCAAUCAGGUGGACUGGGACGAGAAGCUUGCUCUUGUCGCGAGUCUGUACAAUAACGUUGUACACAGCGCUACCGGGACCAUGGAUUCCGCCUUGGCAUUUCUGCCCGAUGUAUCGCUUUCGAUAUCUCCCACUUUGGCAGUUGUGGCACCACCAGAGCCUGCUCGACGAGAUGACACGCGUCGUGACAGAGGGUUUGACGAGUUCGGCGGCGACACGAUACUUCAUCCUCCAGAGUUCGGCACUCCCGCCAUUUUUUAUGUGGGUGCACCGUGGGCGGCGGAGCAGGGGUUGGCGGAGGAGGUGGCACGGAACCGUCGUGGCAGACCGACCGUCACAGCGCAACGUAGCCUGGGAGGUUCACUAGAGGCAGCAGCUGCAGAUUUUGUGGCGCACGGGGGUCAUGGUUCACAGCAGUUAUCGGACGGCGUGUCAUCAGUCCAUCCACCGGACGAGGGCCCGCAGCGAGAGCCAUAUCGAGGCCCGACGAAGACUUUAGAGGCGAGGCCUCCCGGAGUUAUCCGCUCGGACGGAGGCGAGGGUGUGGGCCAGGAUACGGUGCAGCCAGGGAGCGAUGAUGUUGGACGGUCCUUCGGGGGGGGCAUCGAGCGCAGAGGGUCAUCGACCACACACCCCAGCAUUGUUAGGCCUAGUGCACAUGACGUUGGAGAUGAGCCUCGAUCGCAUCUGAUGGGGAUGCGUGACAUCACGCCUUACGAGGAGCAGCAUGGGAGGCCUAUACGGGCCAAGACGACCGAUGUCCACGACACCAGGACGGCAACUGUGAGGCUAUCACGAGCGAAGAAGAAGGGAACAAGUGCGUCGAUUUCGUAUCACCAGCGCCACCCGCAACUUUUUUUCCGCAACAGGGACGAGACCAGACAGAUGCCAGCUGCUGCAGAUGGACAGGGGGGGGUGGACGGAGGUGACAGAGUGGACGAAUCAGGGCGAGGUGAGAAGAGACGAGGCGGCACGAUCAUCAUCCACGACGACAGCUCCACGACCGCUGAGGGCGGUGAGACCACAGGCGUCGACGAUCCUGAUGAUUCCGAUUACGUUCCGAGGUUCCAGACGGCGGACGAAGAUGACGGGGGAGGUCGUCGCGUGAGGAUGAGGACAGGACCUGGCCCGCAAGGGCAUUGCACGCCAUCGGCACAUUUGCCGCCUAUCGAUCAACAGGCGCAAGCUCGGUCUCUGUUGCGCAGACUGGGGGAACAAAGAUUGGCACGAGGGACAUCACUGCCACAUCAGCAUCCGGGGGAGAAUCCCGGAGAUAUGUGACGAUAUAUAUAUAUAUAUAUAUAUAUAUAUAUAUAUAUAUAUAUAUAUAUAUAUAGAGAGAGAGAGAGAGAGAGAGAGAGAAAAAAAAGAGAGAGAGAGAGAGAGAGAGAGAGAGAGAAAAAAAAAAGAGAGAGAGAGAGAGAGAGAGAGAGAGAGAGAGAGAGAGAGAGAGAUUUUGGUUUUCGGGAGUCGU